AUGUCGGACGGCCAGACGAAGCAGUUCGGGAAGAGCCAGAGGGUCGUGCCCGCCGACAAGGCCCAGAAGUGGUACCCCGUGGAUGAUCAGUCGCAGCCCAAGAAAGUCCGCAAGACUCUGCGUCCCUCCAAGGUCCGCGAGACCCUCGUUCCCGGCACCAUCCUGAUCCUCCUCGCUGGCCGUUUCCGCGGCAAGCGUGUCAUCCUCCUCAAGUCCCUCGACCAGGGUGUCCUCCUUGUCACCGGCCCCUUCAAGAUCAACGGUGUUCCCCUCCGCCGCGUGAACUCCCGCUACGUCAUCGCUACCUCUAAGAAGGUCGACAUCAGCGGUGUUGACGCCAAGGCCCUUGAGAAGACCUCCGCUCCCGGAUACUUCACCAAGGACAAGAAGGCUGAGAAGAAGACCGAGGAGGCUUUCUUCAAGCAGGGCGAGAAGCCUCAGAAGAAGGUUGUCGCCAGCGCUCGCGCCAGCGACCAGAAGGCCAUCGACCAGUCCAUCCUUGCCUCCAUCAAGAAGGAGGACUUCCUCGGCUCUUACCUCGCUACCACUUUCAGCCUCCGCAACGGCGACAAGCCCCACGAGAUGAAGUGGUAA